GUCGGAAUAACCCACGCAAUGGCGGGCCGGAACAGCAAGCCGCGUGCGCUCAAGGAGCUUGAGUUUGACCACCCAGGUGUCAAGAACCAAGACCUUGGAAGCGUCGAUGCAAGUGACCGAGAGCAGCGCAAGCUGCAGCAGGCCUUGGCACUGAUUGCCAAGAAGGAGAGGGCAUCCAUGCCACCAAAGUCCCAGAGCGAGACACCUGCCAGCAAGCCCAAGGAUGGGACCAAGGACACCAGCUCGACACAGGCCGCCUCGACAACAGCGCAAGAGCCCUCAUCAAAGAAGCAGCCGGUCAAAGCAAAGCGCAAGACAGCUGCCCCGAAGAAGGUCAACAAGAAGCCCGCCAAGAAGCCCGCCAAAAAGGCAGUCACGCCAUCCACCAUCAACAAACGCAACCACGUUGGAGAAACCAAGCUUCAGCUUGCUGUCGCUUCAAACAACCUCGACAAAGUCAAGAAACUGCUCGACCAGGGUGCAGAUGUCAAUAUCCCUGAUUAUGCGGGCUGGGCACCAGUGCACGUGGCCGCGCAUCCGGACAUCAUGAAGCUCCUGCUCAAGGCUGGUGCUGACCCGAAUGUGGUUAUCGGCCAGUCUGGCAACACGGCGCUGCACGAAGCCGCCUUGCUCAGCAACGGGCCCGUCAUCCGCCUCCUCCUCAAACACGGCGCAGACCCAACCCUCCAAAACAGGUCUGGGCAGACGGCGUCGGAGCUUGCGCCCGAUCUGCAGCUGCAGAAUCUCCUGCGAAAUGCAGAGUUUGAACCACCCAAGAAGCGAAAGCAGCGCGGCAAGGCAGCCGUGCUCGCGACAGACGGCAACGACAGCAGCAGAAACAGUGAUGGUGAUGAUGGUGGUGAUGAUGGUGAUGGUGAUGGUGAUGAUGUUAAUGAUGAGGACGGCACAGCUGGAGCAGCAACGGCAGCUAUUGUUGCACCGAAGAAAGCGAAAACAAAGGACAGCAGCAGCAGCAGCAGCAGGACAGGCACGGUCAAAGCGCAGCCGAAGAGCACGGGCAAGAAGACGAAGAAGAAGAAGAAGAAGACAGUGGCGGUGGCGGCGGGGAGCAAGGCGACGGGCAAGCGAACUGUGCGUCGCUCAUCCUCUGCAGUUAGCAGCAGCAGUGAUGAUGACGACGACGACAUCACCGUCGUGGUACAGCGGCCAACGACGUUGAAACCGGCGCUGCGGACGGGUGCGGGGUCACCAAAAGCAACAGCAACAGCAACAACGGCAACGACAACAACAACAUCAGCAGCAGCAGCAGCAAGAUCGGGGAAGAGGUCAUCCACGGCUGCACCACAUUCUGCGUCGACAGGGGCAUCGCGGCCAACAGUGACGGUUGUUGCUCCGAAGCAGACCGCGUCCAACCAAGGGCCUGUGCGGAUUGAAGUUGAGCCCGAUGCUGCGAGUGUGAUGAGCGGGACGUAUGCCAUCUUCUACUGCAAGGCUGCUGGGGAGCCGCCGCUGCGGUACCAGUGGACACAGGGCGGCCGGCCUCUCAAGGACGCGCACGACGCCCCCUGGGACGCAAUAUCAGGCGCAGACACAGAGACACUCAUUAUCCGCAGGCCACGGAGUGACUCGUGGAAGAAGAAGGAGCCCGGCACGCUGUCGUGUGAGCCCAUUUCAUGCACUGUGUCCAACGCCCACCGAACAACAACGUCAACCGCUGCCGCCUUUGUCGUCGACGAAUCGCUGUUUGAGCGGAAAAUGCACCUGCAGCGGCAGUACGAAUCCCUGCGCGUGAUUGCUGAGCGCCUCAACCUCCCGCCACCACACCCACUCGCCCUGCCAGAGGUCAAGCCCUCCUCAGCGCGCCCAACACACCCCGAUUGGCGGCCGUACGCGGAGGCGGAGGAGCAGCUGCGGCAGUGGCAGCGCACACACAGCGCCGUCCUGCAGUUGCUGAAGAACAACGCAGGCAAAAACAUCUCCCCAGCCGCAAUUGCAGCAUCAGCCACCAAACAACAGCAGCAGCAGCAGCAGUCGGCACCGAAAGUGCACGUUGUCCGUUCGGUUGCAUCGCCUCCGAGGCCAACCACCGCAACCGGCACCGCCAUUGGUGCUGCUGUUGCUACGUCCACCGCCACACGUCAAAGCGACAUGAGCAGCAGCAGCAGUAGCAGGAGUAGACCAGGACACGCGGCGCCGGGCAGCGCGUGGGGCCAACCUGCGCCGUCACAGCCGCCAGCAGCCACAGGCUGGGGCCAGCCAGCGCCCCAACAACCACAAGCCCAUUCAGCAUGGGGCCAACCUCCGCCACCGCCACAGCACCAGCACCAGCACCAGCAGCAUGCAUGGCGGGCGAUGCCAACAGCAGCACCGCCGCUGCCGCCGCAGCCAGCCACCAAUGCGUGGGGUGUGGCCCAGCCGUAUAUGCAGCGCACAGCACUUCUGCAGCACAACCCCUACCACGGGCAGCAGGUUCCGCCGCCGCCGCCACCGUUACCGCAGGGUGUGCACCGUGGUCCCCCCGCGCAACACAACGCUUUCCAAACAUUCCAACAACACCAACAGCAGUUGCAAGUAUCGCCUCCUCCUCCUCCUCCUCCUCCACCGCCACCGCCACCACGUCCAUCGUCGUCAUCAUCGGGAGGAGGAUCGUGGGGAUCCAACCAGAAGCGCACUGGCCACGCUGCACAGGACACCAUCUUCAUCUAACUGCGCUCUGUGUGUGUGUGUGUGUGUGCGUGUGUGAAUGUGUGUGUGUGUGU